UUAGCCUGGCAGGUUCGAAGCGUAUCGUCGCGACAGAGCAAUCGUAGUACACGCAGGCCGCAGAUCUGUUUGACCGUGUUUUGUCGUGCUCCGCGUGUCACCGAAACUCGGUGCUCGGUAGUGUAAGUGUGCGGAGUGCGUUUCGUGUGAUCUCGCACGGGAGAGAGAGUGAGCGAACUGUUGGAAGCAGCCGCCGAGUGCGUUGUGUGCGUGCGAUUGGGCUCUCGGUGAGAUUGAUUCGCUCGCGAGCAGUGAGAGAGCGGAAGCGUGAGCUCGCGAGAGAGAGAGCGAGAGCGAGCCAAGGCAGCCCUCGAAGGAAGCAGUAAAUUGUAAGCCGCAGUAGUUAGCAGCCGUCGUCCUAGUUCGCAGCAAGCGUCGUCGUCUUCGUAUCCAGCAGCGCCCGCCGCAGCCCGCCGUCAGCCAGUUUUUUGCCAGCAGACACCAACCCUUUUUAGCAGCAAAAUGGCCGAUCAACUUACGGAAGAACAGAUUGCCGAAUUCAAAGAAGCGUUCUCGCUCUUCGACAAGGACGGUGAUGGCACAAUCACGACCAAGGAGUUAGGCACCGUUAUGCGAUCGCUAGGCCAGAACCCCACAGAAGCAGAACUGCAAGACAUGAUCAACGAAGUCGACGCGGACGGUAACGGUACGAUCGAUUUCCCCGAGUUUCUAACAAUGAUGGCUCGCAAAAUGAAGGACACUGAUAGUGAAGAGGAAAUCCGGGAGGCGUUCCGAGUCUUCGACAAGGAUGGCAACGGUUUUAUCUCGGCCGCCGAGCUGCGCCACGUCAUGACUAAUCUCGGCGAGAAGCUAACAGACGAGGAGGUAGAUGAGAUGAUCCGUGAAGCCGAUAUAGAUGGCGAUGGCCAGGUUAAUUAUGAAGAAUUCGUAACAAUGAUGACAUCGAAGUGAGCUGCAGGUCGAUACAUUGCGCCUUUCUAUUUGUUUAUUAAGAAGACUGUAGCCACGCGCAACACCAGCUGCGCAACGCUAUCGCUAUGGAUUUAAAAGGAAGAAAAUGAAGAAUGCAGCGUGGGAUGAUGAUGAUGAUGGGGACACAGAGCAGCAAGAUGAUGAUGAUGAUGAUGAUGAAAAGGAAGGAAGGAAGGAGAAAACAUACAAAGAGUAAACAUACCGCAAGUUAAAAAACGGAUUAACAUUAAAUUUAACUUAAAAAGCAGCAAAACACAGAGAAAAUACAACAACCAAACCCAAGCGGUGUGCAGAACGAAGCAGCUUACGCGAAAAACGAAUACCCGGCGGUGAGCGGAUGUGUGGUCAAGUCAAGAUAAUAACCAUGUAAUGUGUUGUGCACCAGGAUUCAAGCAUGUAACAUCAAAAUAUAAGUACUACUACAGCAGAGAAGCAACCACCACAACAACAACAACAUCCACAACAACAGAGCAACAGGAAAGGAACAAAGUAGAAGCCACAAAUAGAACAUCUUCUCACCACUCUCUCCAACAACAACAACAACAACAACCAUCACAAGAGACACAACACACCUCUCUUCUUCUACCCCGCAAGCAGGACCGCGCGAAAGAGAAAGAGACAAAAGUGCAACGACGCCGGACUAGACCAGAAGCCACCGCAGCAACAUCGGCAGCAGCAGCAGCAGCAGCAAGCAUCAAUAACACCGGGCCAGAAGCGCAGCAUCGGCGACCGGCAGGAUUUGUAUUGUGGCAACAACCCGCGCGGCUUGCAGCUUGACUAACACCACACGCCCCCUGUGCGGAUCGAUACACGGUCCACUUUUACCGUUUGGGAUUUGGUCUUAUUUCAGGUUUGAUGUGAAGGUUUGUUGUAUGGUUUGAGCGACUGGCGCACUUCCCUCGCGGGGUCUGUUAGUUGGUGGUUCAGUACUUACAGCUUGCAAAGUGUUACAAAGAGCCCGCAGGACACGGAAGAAGGACGGAUGGAAGGGAAUGAAAAUCAAACCUCUAGCCAGGGAAGGAAGGAAGGGUCAAAUGGAAAGAAGAGUUGCAGCCGAAGACGGAAAUCGUAGCGGAUAGUGUGGAGAUUAAUGCCAUCAUUGUUACGAAGUCGAAAUCCAAUCCACUUAUAAUCCAAAAGCGCAAAACACAACACGAAAUCUUGUAGCGAAAGUGUUUGAGACAAAAACCCAAAAUUACAACAAAACAAAAAAAUACAUUGGAAAGGCGGCCAGUCUUUUAGAGAGAACGGUUUGUGCGGUGGGGCGACGAAAAGUUGUGAAGGUUGUGGCGGGUUGAGUGCCGUCGAAAGAACAACAACCAACACCCGGACACACGGACCCACACACACGCACACACACAGAAUGUAGAGCACUUACACAAGAGUAACCAAAAAAAAAACAAAAGGGAAGAAGCGAAGCGUGUUAGGGCCGUAGCGACAAAACAAAACAAAAAAAACUAAGA